AGUAUUCGUAUCUGUUAUAAAUUUGCUCCUCUCGUAUACCAAUCUCUCUUAUGUAACUCUCAAUUUUCCAUACCAUUUCCUUCGUUUUGAUUCAUCGAGCGAUCGUUCCUAGACCUAUCCGUCCAUGGCUUCCACAAAUGAGAAAACAUUCGUUUCAGAAGAGGCCAAGGUAGACCCAAAGCGCAUCGUGGUAUGCUGCGAUGACACUUCCCAAUCAUCAACUUCCAUCAAUCCUAAAAACAGCUGCCCAUCCAACGUCACCCGUCUCUACCAAACUCUCGCCGACGCUGGACAUAAACUAAAACGAAAGGUAUACCAGCGCACUUGUGUACUACGGCGCGAGACUCGGAACAGGCGACAUACCGAUGCAGAGACAAAAAGGACAAGGUAGCGUAACUCAACCCAGCCCUCUUCUUACCCAGCGUCUAUUCUGGGCUAUGGCCUCGUCGAAAACGUAAUCAAAGCCUACACUAUAUUGUCAAUAACUAGAACGCCGGCGACGAGCUCUUCUUCGGCUUCUCCCGCGGCUUAGCCAAGCCGCCUUCACUCCUCUACGACGCCGGAGGUCCUGGAUUUCAGGCAACAUUCCAGUGAUCUCAGGCCACAAUCCAGGAUUUUAGGCAACAGCGGUGAUCCGGGCUGCCCACUUGCCAAGACGCU